CUCUCUCUCUCUCUCUCUCUCUCUCUCUCUCUCUCUCUCUUUCUCUUUCUGUGUUGUUUGUUUUUGUGUAUAUUUGUUGUCAAGUCAUGACAAGGCCCAAAUUCAGGCCCUGCCCUUCUUGCCAGACUCCCAAUCAGGCAAACAGGAAAACUUGCAAUGUUUGUUUUGCAAGCCUGUCCACCAAAAAAAAAAAUCCAAGAAAAAGUGGUGUCACUGGAUAGCCAGUGGGGGGAAUCUGUGCUUAAAAGCAGAAAUGCUGGGCGUAUAAUUGAUUCUGCCCGUAUUGCAGUGAGUAAACUUGAAGCUGUGGGGUACAAGCCAAUAUUAUUUAUUGGCAAGCCAGACAAAAGGGCUUCAAAUAAAUGGGUUGCAGAUAUAAUUACCCAUCUGCACCCCACUCCUGUCACUAAAACUCUUUUGGAUAAAAUGCGGAGGGCCUAUGAAUUUAUCUUGACAAAAUCAACCUCCUUAGCACAGCAACCGGAGAGUCAAGCAGCAGAGGGUCGAGCGGCGGCAGAGGGUCGAGCGGCAGCGGAGGACCAAGCGUCGGAUAAAGUGGCGGCGGAGGAUCAAGCGGCGGCGGAGGGUCAAAUGGUGGCGGAGGAUCAAGCGGCGGAGGGUCAAAAGGUUGCGGAGGGUCAAGCGGCGGCAGAGGAUCAAAUGGUGACGGAGGAUCAAGCGGCGGCGGAGGAUCAAAUGGUGACGGAGGGUCAAGCAGCGGCGGGGGGUCAAAUGGCUGUGGAGGGUCAAGCGGCGGUGGAGGGUCAAGCGGCGGCCGAGAGUCAAAAGGUGGUGGAGGGUCAGGCGGCGGAAGAGGAUCAAAUGGUGACUGAGGAUCAAGCGGCGGCGGAGGGUCAAAUGGCGGUGGAGGAGACUGUAUUUGUUCUUAACCUUGUUCCUUUGUCUUCCCCACUCUCUCCAACCUCUCUCUCUCCUACUUCCUCUUCUACUUCUACAUAUAUUCUUCCUUCACUUUCUUCCCCACUUUCACUGCCAUGCUCUAAAUCUUUGCGACAAAUUAAACGUAAAAACACCUCUACCUCUUCACACUAUUCUCGCUCUGUCUCUCCUCCAUCUCUGUCUGCCUCUUCCAUCUCCACGUCUUUGAGUCAGGAAGGGCCACGUGUGAAGAACAGAAGAAAAGGUUGCCAAAAAUGUAGUAGGCAGAAGGUUUUCCAGUUUGAUCGAAUAACUGGGGAACGGAUAAAUGAGGUAAAAUGUGUUCUGUUAGGCUGCUUAGUUUUCUAA